GUGCUGUAGAUAGACCCUCCUCCUCAUCCUUUAAAGUCAUCAGGAAGUUUGUUUUUUUAACAAAGAGCUGUGAAAGGUGUUGUGCUUCACUUCUCUUUGAAAAGCCUGAGACACAGUUGGACUAACUCUGAAGUCAGGAGCUUGAAGCCUCAGCAUGAUGAACCGUCCACAGAAAUACAUAGAAGGUGAAGCUCUUCACUCUCAACAUGCAAAAUCAAACAAUGCGUUAAAGCUCAGAGUGGCCGUGCUGGUUGUCUGUGUUCUCCUGGUAUCGGCUCUCGUGGUAACUUAUCUCUUGUUGGAGCUUUUGAAAACCAGGGACAUGCUCAGAAACCUUGAGAUGAAGCAGGAAACUGUAAAAGCUGAUGUCACAGAGAGACCAUGUAGUACAGUGCAGCCCACAUGCCCGGAGCCUGAAGCAAAAAUUAUAACACAACCGUGCAGCCCAAUACAAACUACAAGCCCACAACCUCCUGAAAUAAACAUGAUAAAACAAUCACACAGCACGAUACCGACUACAACCCCACAACUUCCUGAUAUAACUAUGAAUGAUCCAUGUUAUAAAUGUGAAGACGGCUGGAAUCAAAAUGGAGAAGAGUGCUAUUAUUUCUCCAGCAGUGAAUCAUCCUGGAAUGAGAGCAGAACUGAAUGUAGGACUAGAGGAGGAGACCUGGUUAAGAUAGACAGCAGUGACGAGCAGAGAUUCUUGCAGACAAAAACUGGAUAUUUCUGGAUCGGACUGACAGACUCAGCAGAAGAGGGCAGAUGGCUGUGGGUGGACGGAUCACCACUGAAUGAAAGCUUAACGUUUUGGUUCGAUGACCAGCCAAAUAGUUAUCCCGUGGAAGAUCCUGAUGGAGAGGACUGUGCGAUGAUGGGGCACUGGGGGAUAAUGCUUUGGUUUGAUUAUCCCUGCAAAGUAACUCUUAGAAGUAUUUGUGAGAAAGCAGCUGUGGCUGUGUGUGUCUAAAAUUCAGUUCAGCAUAAAAAAAAAAAGAACAGUGGAAGUAAAGGACACAUUGAGACAAUUUUUCCAAAGCUAAUGCUGCAAACAUUUAAAGCUUCCAUUCAGAAAUGUUUAA